AUGCUCAUCGGAGCUGAGCUGUUUUUUGAGCUGCUAUUGACGGAACGUGUGAUGUUGAAAGAUUGCUAUGCUACACUGUGGAACACUAAGCUGGGAUGGAUAGUAACCGGAGCUUUUGACUAUGCACAUCGAACGACCACUCUAGCCAAUGUUGCUUGUAUCGAAUCCUCGGAAUCAAACCUGGACAAAAUGGUGCAACGAUUUUGGGAUCAGGAAGAAACCGCAAAUCCAGCGAAUGUAAACGCGGAAGAUCAGCAAUGUUUGGAUCACUUUGCUAGGACUCAUCGACGCGAAGAAGGACGCUUUGUAGUACGACUACCGUUCCGAGAGAAUUUGGAUCAGCUUGGCGAGUCACGUAACAUGGCGGAAAUAAGGUUUUAUCAGUUGGAGAAAAGGCUGAAGGCGAAUGGCAACUUGAAAAUGCAGUAUUCCGCCUUCAUGAACGAGUAUAUGCGUCUCGGACAUUGUGUGAAAGUCGAAGAUUUCGGUAGCCCGGGGUUUUACUUACCACACCACGCCAUCUUAAAACCAUCGAGCUCAACUACCAAACUGCGUGUGGUAUUUGACGCAUCGUCACGGUCAGAUACCAACGUCUCAUUGAACGAUGUACUGAUGAAAGGACCUACGAUCCAGGAUACCCUAGCAUCAAUAGUACUACGUGCCCGGAAGUACAAGUUCCUAUUCUCCGCAGAUGUGAUCAAAAUGUUUCGGCAGAUUCGUGUUGAUGACAAGGAUACAUGCUAUCUUAGGGUGCUUUACAGGGAAGACCCGCAAGCAAAGUUGGAUGUUUUCGAAUUGAAGACAGUGACAUACGGCACGUCAUGUGCUCCAUUUUGCGCAAUGACUAUUUUAGCAAAGCUAUUCAUUCAACAGUUGUGGUCGUUGGAGUUGCCUUGGGACGAGCCACUUCCGACUGAGCUUGAGGCUGAUUGGCGGCGCUUCAAGAACCAAUUAAAGCAAAUCAAUGAGAUUAAGAUCGUACGUUGUGUGGUGGCAGAGGAUGCCGAAACUUUCGAAGUACACGGGUUUUCGGAUGCAAGCAAGAAAGCCUACGGGGCUUGUGUAUACCUAAGAAGUUUGAGGAGUGAUGGUACGUCUGUCAUGCAUCUGAUCAGCAGCAAAACUCGAGUUUCGCCGUUACCCACGAAGCCAGGGAGCAAGAAGUCAAGAAGGCCCUAUACUGCACCGAGAGCUGAACUUUGCGGUGCUCUACUGUUGUCAAGAUUGGUAACGAAUGUGUUGAAGGCUAUAGAUAUGAAGAUCGAUAAGGUGCUCCUCUGGUGUGAUUCACAAAUCGUCUUGUGUUGGCUUAAAAGAACUCCUGACAGUCUGGAGCUUUUCGUCGGUAGCAGAGUUCGGGAAAUCCAUCUUUUGACUAAUGCGUACGAGUGGCGUUACGUCAAUACGAAUGACAAUCCCGCUGAUUUGGCUUCAACACCGUUGGAGCUGCAGUAUUCACACUCUAGUGGUACGGCCCAGUGA